UUCCCUCUCGAUGGAAAAGCACCCGACCAGACUGGCGGAAGCUCGAGAGAGAGAUAGAGAGAGAGAGAGAGUUCUCUUCUCUAAAAAUGGCGACAGUUGCAGAAUCAUCUGAUCCGAACCCGAAUUCGGAGCGCGCCCGGUCUAAAUCAAUCGGAGAUGCAACUCCGUGGAUCGAUUACGCCGUCGACCAAGCUCGCCUUCUCGGGAAGAGAGUCGAAGACGAUGUCGAGUCGUUCAUCGAGGCCUCGCAGUCCCGCCUCUCCCAAAUUCGCUCCACUUCUUCGGCUCAUACGAUGCAGACCCUCGCGAUGAUGCAGGAUACUCUUCAAGAAGUCAAGUCCAAAUAUGAUGCUUAUGAAGAUAUUUUCUUUGGAAAAGUUAAAGAGGGCAUUGAAAUAGCUGCUUCGCAUCCCAUGUUGACAGCUGGAGUAGUCACUGGCUCGGGCUUCAUUGUACUGAAAAGGCCAAGGCGUUUCUUAUAUUACAAUACCAUGCGCCUUUUAAUGACUGAAGAGUCUAUGUUAUCCCAAGCUGAUGCCAAAGUCAAGGAACUUCGAAAAUCAAUUGAUCUCCUGAAAGCUGAGAGUGAGAAACUGGAAAGGAGAGCUCAAUUGGCAGAAGAAGACAUGCUUCGAGGAAGGACAAAGCUCAGACAAGCAGGCAAGCAGAUUCAAAGUGUAAUCCACUCAGCUUAUAAGAUUGAAAGACAAGCAGGAGGUUUGAAGGAUGUUCUUCGAGAGCUUCCCCGAAGAGAAGCUUCUCGUUUCAGAUCACAGGUUUCUAACCUAGCUUCUGAGGCGAAGCGGGAAAGGAAUGCUUUGACCAAGGAGGUUUCCAAAAUCACCGACUAUGGAAUUUCCAUCUGAUUUGUGAUCUCUCAUUGCAAUCAUUUCAACGUCCAAGCUAUGUGAUGGUGUUGCGACAAUUUUUUGAUUCAGUACAUGAUAUUUUAUUGUUCGGAAAGGGGGUUCCUUUCCUUGAUAAAACCCUCCAGGCCUAUAUCUAUCGGGCUUGGAUGAGAAGAGUCCUGUGUUCUGCAGCAACUACAUUUUUGGCGAGAAUUUGUGUAGAACAGAGGCGUAGUAUGUUAUGAUACACAGUAAACAAAAGCUUCAGCAACACUAAAAUCUUACCAAUGAUAGACAGAUCUUGUUCAAUGGAUUCUUAAUAUCGCACAUGGUUUUAGGCUGCAAAGUAUCGGGGAAUUUGGUUUA